AAGACAGAUUAAAUUUGAUUUGUUGUUUCAAGAUCCAUUAAAGAGAUGGAAGAUCAUGAAACGUUAGAAGUACCCCGUUACUUCAUCUGUCCCAUAUCACUUGAGAUCAUGAAAGACCCUGUUACGGCCAUCACCGGAAUAACAUACGACCGCCAGACCAUAGAAUACUGGUUAUCUACGGCGGAGGAUGUACUGUGCCCUGUAACCAAACAACCAUUGCCAAAAGAUUCCGACUUGACUCCCAACCACACACUUCGACGCCUCAUCCAAGCAUGGUGUGUAACCAAUGCUGAUCACGGUAUCGAUCGGAUUCCCACCCCAAAACCCCCUCUAUGCAAAUCCCUUGUUUUAAAACUCCUUCGUAACCUAAAGUCCCCCGAGCUUUACAUGAACUCGUUAGACUCGUUGUAUUUGUUAGUGAGCGAGAAUGAGAAGAAUAGACGGUGCUUGAUUGAAGCCGGCACAACUGGUGCCAUGGUUUCUUUGAUAACCAAGUUAUCAAAGGAACGUCUCACCACGAAUAUUGUCGGCCUCCGUCACGCAUUGAAAAUUCUCCAUCUUACUUGUCUAACUAUCCCUCAGAAGAAACUAAUUAUUCCCAAAGAAGACCACGAGUUCAUUGAUUCUUUAUUAUGGGUUUUAGGAUCCGACAACAUGGUCGAAGAUGAUCUUGUUAUCGAGGUCCAAACCUUAGCAAUUUUGAUCCUUGGUAUGGUCAUGAAAGUUGUGGCUACGAACGUUUUAGAGAGACUGAAGUUUGAGUUCUUUAAGCAAGCCAUAAACGUGAUAAGAAAAAGAAUAUCUCCACAAGCAGUGAAAGCAACUCUACGAAUGUUAAUCGAUGUGUGCCCUUGGGGGAGAAACAGAAUGAAAAUUGUUGAAGCUGGUGGGGUUUUCGAGCUGGUCGAACUAGAGAUAGAUGGGAUCGAAAGAAAUGCAUCCGAGUUACUGUUUGCCCUCUUGGCUGACUUGUGUUCAUGUGCUGAUGGAAGAGCACAGUUGAUCAAGCAUGCAGGUGGCAUUGCAAUGGUGGCUAAGAGGAUGUUUAGGGUUUCUCCAGGAACCGAUGAUCGGGCUGUGCACAUACUUUCCCUAAUUGGGAAGUUCUCGGCAACUGCUGAAGUUGUAGCGGAAAUGAUGAGGGUUGGGGCUGUUUCGAAGCUGUGCAUUGUGCUUCAAGUGGACUAUGCGCCUUACUUGAAGAAGAAAUCAAGAGAAAUCCUGAAGUUGCAUUCGAAUGUAUGGAACAGUUCUCCUUGUACACCUCUUUAUCUACUAACAAGGUGAAAUACUUUUGUUCGUGAAUUGAAUUGUAUAUCAUAUGAA